AUGUCCGCCGAGAUCGUAGUUGACCCGGAUUACUAUACGCUAGAUAAAGCGGUGGCUGCAGAUGAUGAUUGGAAGUCCACAACGGGUGGCAUGCUGCGGCUUUUGCUAAAUCAAAGUUUCGCCAGCGACACGACCUCGCUGGCCUCAGAAGUUGCAAGGGGUCGUUUAGAAAAUGGGCGUAGGCGAGUAUAUCAUGCUAAACGCUCAAUUCAUGCGGUAGGGCUAACUAGGCUCUGCAGGUACCAAUCUCUGAAGUCGGAGGAGUAUUGGUCUCCAUCCGACGACCAGCAAUUCGAGGCCUAUGAAACAGGCCAUCUGGUGGCACUCCUGCUGGAAUAUCAUCAGCCUAAGCUGCUGCACCGAGCUCCUCUCAAAAAACCGAAGAAUAUACUAGAUGUGGGAACUGGUAAAGGUAACUGGGCUAUCGAUAUGGCAGAUGCCUAUCCUGAUGCCACGGUCCGCGGUGUUGACCUGUCUCCUCCUCCGGUUACCUGGAUGCCUCCGAACUGCGUUUUUGAAUUAGACGACCUCCUGCAAGAGUGGACCUGGUCCGAGCCGUUCGAUUUUAUCUAUUUACGCCACAUGCUGGGCUCAUUCGAUGAGGAGGGAUGGAAUACGCUGUACAAGCGCUGCUAUAACAACCUCGAGCCCGGUGGUUGGAUUGAGGAGUUUGAGCUCGAUAUCCGAGUCAAAACUGAUGAUAACUCUCUACCAGAGGAUUCUGAACUGGCGAAGUGGGGUGAAAACUUUAUGGGCUGCUCUGAACGAGCUGGACGGGCCCUCACCGUUCAGGAAACAAUGCGAUCAAAGAUCGAGAAGGCCGGUUUCAUCGACGUGCAUGAACAGGUCUACAAGGUUCCCAUUGGACCUUGGCCUAAAGAUAGGGUGUACAAAGAGGUUGGACAGCUCAAUUAUCAUCACUGGGUGACUGGCAUGGAAGGCUAUGCUAUGUGGCUACUGACUAAAUUUGGCGCGCCGACUCCUUGGACUGUCGAGGAGGUGCAGGUGUAUCUUGCGAAGGUUCGGGCGGAUUUGAAAAACCCGAGCAUUCAUGGCUGGCAUUAUGGACGAAAAGUUUGGGCCAGAAAGCCUAGAGCGGGUGAGGUCAAGGAGGUCAAGGAGGAAUCCGUAGAGGCUCCCGUCACGCCUGAACCGUCUCCUUGA